CUUUGAAGUGCUUCUUCGUCCUCCUCGAACCGGCCGGCUAACCUAUGUUGGUGGGAGUAAACGGUUGCCUACCGGAGAAUGCUAACAAGCGCCUAAUUGCCAUUGUUCUGAAUCAAUCACGUCCUGCGGAAGACCCUGCACAGUAAAACGGCCUCAGUGAAUUGAAAAUCAAUCGCUCGGCAUGAAAAUUCAUUAAUCAUCUCUGCGAAAACCCAGUAAAUCCGGCGCCGGAUUAUCAUUGUUCGGCCAACUGGUGCUUCACGGAGGCUUCCAACCACAGCCCACAAAAGGAGUAGGUUCUGAACUUCUGAUCCCACGCUGCUCGUCAUUAUUAAGAAGUAUUUUUCUCGGAUUAAUACCAACCGGAGAGGCAUCGGUUCCGGAAGGAUGAGUUGAGUCCACUUGGAUCCCGGUCGGUCAGUGCAAUCAAACAGUGUGCCAUCAUAGAUAGUGUGUAUUUGCUGAAAUGAGUAGCUUACCAGCAUUCAAGAGUAGAAGCAGCAGCCGUGGUGUGAACAAGUGGUGCCGCGUCCAGAGUGGGAUGAUAAAGCAAACUGUAGAGUUAACGAUAAAUUGCCGGAACGAAAACGUUUACCGAUAGAGAGCGGCUGUUGCGAGUCGGCAGCGUCUGGCAGUGGCAUUUGAUUGUGGUUUUCCUUCCGGAUAACCGGAGUAAAUCAUCCGUGGCUAACGGCAACAGACACAGAUUGAAACCGGACUUGGGUGUUGAGGAAGGACGGGUUUGUGUAUUUGGAAGGGAAAACAACAUGUUAUGCCAUUAUCACCUGCUUGUAUGUUUGUCCUGCUUUGUGGCUAAUUGCUGGAGUUCAACUUCGGAGUACCUUAUCAUUCGGCAUGGCCGGUCACGGGUUCGUCACUCAAGCGAAAAGGAUCACAUCCGCUGGGGACUGCAGGUGUUUGAUAACUUUACCCUGCUGGACUACGAUACGGUCGAUGAUUCAAACGAAACGAGCAGCUCUAGCAACACCCUUGGUGAAUUGAGACCACCCAAGAAACCGGGACGGGGAAAAGUGGGGGUGGAUCAAUUUUCGGAUAAUAGCAAUAAUUCCGAUACGCUCACGAUUCAGUUCAGUGAGUCGGAAGAAUUGGAUCGAAUGAUUGAUAUCAGCGAUUUUGAUAGUAUAUCAAUCGAAUCCGGAGGCAGUGGAAGUAGUGUCCGAAAGCAGCCAUCAUCCUUCAGCAGCUGGAGAAACAAUCACACCCUUAACCUUCCCUUCUCCAUAGACUCGGUUCAACGAUUCACACCUACGCCAAUGGGACAGGGGCCGAAAGGUACCCUGCAGAGGAAAAAGCUUAUCAAAAAGGAGAUAAUGGAAAACAUACGAAAAACGGUUGAUAAAGGAUUGGAAUAUCUUAAAUCUCACAAGAAUUUAGAUGAGGUUAAGAUAGAGCUGAAGCCGUUCCGAGCACGUACGAAGGGUGUUGAGAACGGUGAAAGGUUGGCACAUUCCUUCGGUACAAUAUCCACCGACCCGGACACGUUAUUGCGAAAAGUUAUUCCCAGUCACGAGUGGUCCAAUGGAAGGAAGAAAUACGAACCGAAGCACGUGGAUGGCAAUCGAAAAGAUUACACACAAGUGUCGUCACCAUUUUCAAACCCCUCCACAAGUACGAUUGCUGACAGCCAGCGACAGAGUGCCGAAAGCGAGUUGCCAUCUAGCGCUUACCUGGGGGAGAGAUAUUGGAAAAGUGUCAAAAUAAAUAACGACGGCAGCUUUUCCCGAUCGUCGACAGUAAGUUCAGAACGGAAACAGAUUUCCACGGAAAAUACUGGUUCACCGGAUAAUAAUGACUACCCGAAUGAUUCGCCACUCCAGGCAGUUGACGACCAGAGGAAUGGUUUCGCUUCACCGGCCAUUGCUAAUGAAGCUGGUAGUCUGGAUUGGAGCGAAAAAAAAUCAGGACCAAUUAAAAGCAAAACGAACAGUGGAAACAAUGCGGAGGAAAAAUUUAAUUACGAGCUACGAAAACAACCGUUCGAUUCACGUUCUACGGUGACCUUUCAGAACGAUGGUCCUACGGUAGAGGAAAGUGACGAAGUUAUAAAUAUCCUAAACGAUUCGCCAACAAUGAGCUUCGAGCCAAACGAGGCAGAUGCUCCGUCUACAAUAAUUUUCAACAGUGACACGGACUCGGACUUGGACGAUCCUCUGACGUGGGUUUCGGAUGCUUCGGACUCAACCGAUGACGGCAGCGGCAACGUUCCCGACAUGGGUGAGAUUUUCCGCAUGGAAGAUAUCGACCUGAGCGAACUGGAUGAAACCAGUCGGAACAAUAGACGCAAUUUGAUGAAGGGUCGCGAUGUGGUGACGAAGUUUCUGCAAAUCGUCGAAAGUCAACAUCUGCUGGGAUCUAAUUGUACGGCUGGCACCGCGCUCAACCUUGGCGAGGGCGUCGUCGACCGAUAUGCUCAGGACCGGUUUCGCGUGGAAGCGGAAAUAGCCGUGAAUAGAGCCAACAUGUUGACGAGAAUCUUCAAGUUUGCGUCACCCGAGGUCCAGGCGUCGGAACACCUCCUACAUGCUUCCGUUCUGUCGAUGGUGGAAUUUGACGACGACAUCUUCGCCGCCGGAAAUUGCUUCGACUGGAAUCAGCACACAGCCAAGAAGGGUUUGUUUUGCCCCUUUGCCUACCGGUUGCCGCCUCCGGACCAGGGCGCAUCGCUUGCCAAGGAUCUCGCAGCUGAGUACCAUUACUUGGGAAACACGUCGGAAUGGUUUUUUCUCGCCCGGAAAAACGCGGAAAAAGUCAUACGGGAAAACGAGCAGUAUAUUAAGUCAUUCCACAUCUACACGAACAACACCAUUCGCCAGUCGGACGAGAUCCUGUCGGUGAAGUACGAGGAUGGUCGGUGGUCCAAGCCGUACUACGACUGCGGUGGCGGUAACAUUUGGAUGCUGACGUACACGGUGCCUUUUUUCGGCUACGAAAACGGAACCUACUUCUUCAAGGGAACAUCCGGCAUAGAUAUUGAUUUACGGCGCGUGGACAUUGAUCAAUGUCCGCAGAAAAGUUCUCCAUCUGGGGCUCCACAACCGCUCAACAUUUUCGCCGGGACGGACAAAUGCAAGCCGCGCACAACAGAGUGUGCUCCGAUUCCGGGAUUGGGCUUCCGUCGGGGAUCGUAUCGGUGCGUGUGCCGGAAGGGAUACUACUUUCCCGACACCAGCAUCGAACAGAAGUGGUUCAACGGAACCACACUCGAGGAGGAGUAUGAAAAAUUAAUGCAGAAAGAAUAUAGCACCUACCACGAUGCAUCGUCUUAUCAGUGCCUACCCUGUGCCGAGGGGUGUGAUUCCUGCCUAGAUGCGUCCCCGUGCGUUGCUGCCCUCAACUGGACGAUGAGAACCGGAAUUUUGGUGCUGGCCUGCGCCGUAAUUGGGUUGCUUCCACCGGCGGCCGUUUUUACCUUUCGCUAUCAGCAAGUCAAGGUUGUUCGUGCUGCGAGUCCAGCCUUACUUCGUGUCAUCGCCCUUGGAGCAUUUUGUAUAUAUUGCACGUCCAUCGUGAUGUAUCCACCCCCAUCGUUGUACACCUGCACUGCCCGCGUGUGGCUGCGAGAGAUAGGAUUCUCCCUCACGUACGGAGCGCUGAUGCUGAAGACGUGGCGGAUAUCAGUCAUCUUCCGCGUGCGUUCAGCGAAAGCAGUGAAAAUCACCGAUGCGUACCUGCUGAAGAGGUUGGGCCUGUUAUGCGGUUUUGUCGGAAUCGCCUUGCUCGUUAGAACGCUGGUUGCACCGCCGGUCGUGAUAGUCGGCCGCACCGCAGACAAUCUCAAGGCCUUUCUCUGCAAGACGGACUGGUGGGAUCACACGUUCACAUCCAUGGAAGUCCUGUUCCUGGCGUGGGGCGUUCGACUGUGCAUCAUGGUUCGGAAGGCCCCGUCGGAGUUCAACGAAAGUCGAUUUAUUUCGAUGGCAAUCUACAACGAAUUCCUUCUGACGUGCUUUCUUAAUGUGUCGAUGUUGUUCCUGCAGUCACCCGCUAAUCCAGAUUUAUUGUACAUAAUAUUUUUCUGCCACACACAACUCACCGUCACCCUACUGCUGGGAUUGAUAUUCGGCAGCAAGGUCUACCUUGUGUUCCGGGGAGGCGGAAAGCACCAAGACGAUUCGACCGGGCUCGGCAUCAAGCCAUCUGGUGCAAAAUUCAUUAGCCGCACUCAUGGGCGAACCUUUGCUAAUGCCAGCAGCGUGACGACGUCCACCGCACAGCUGGGAGGUAAUAUAGCAAACGAAGGUCGCUUGACGGAAGACGAGGCCGCGGAAGAAAUCAAACGGUUGCAUACUCAGCUGCAGCACCUUUACGACCGAAUACCGGCGAGGGGUGUGGCCAUCGCUACCAUUGCUUAUCUGAUUGACAUCUGUAAAAAUUCCUCACUGAAACCACCUCCCCCGUUGGGAGCAGCCAAAGCGAUUAUGGCCGCACCGGACAGUGGCCAGACGCACGUAGACAAGGGCACCAAUACCAACACCAUCCCCAACGGGACCUACGGUAGCGAGGGGUGGGUAGGAUCUGGACUGAACCAAUCCAAUACGCGGAUCACGAUAACUGACGAUUCCGAUCACAAUAACCGUUCGAUAGACAAUAGCAACUUCAACUUGGACAAUCUCCAGUUGAAAUGCAUGUGCAGCGAGGAGGAGGUGGAAGAGGAGAAGGAGCCAAAAUGUGAGUGCCACAGAGGAGGGAUGGCACAUUCCUGUAACAAAUCCGUUAGUAGUUUUAAGCAUAGUGAUUGCUGUGAUAGUGGAAGGGAGCGUACUAGAGCGGUGCUAGUGAAGCGAAAUUCAGAUCAGAUGUUGAGCAGUAGUGGCUGCUGUGGCAGGGAUGGCCAACACGGUUCCGGUAAUCAUCCAGCCAAUACUUGUAGUAGUAAGUUUAGUGAAUUGAGUGCGAAGAAUUUCGAAUCUUGUGAUAAUCUGUUGCAUCAACAGCAAAAGCAAAGACAAAAACAAAUUUCCUGUGGUGAUAGCAUAGAUAAUCAUUCCAGUCGGCAGCCAAAUCCUAGGGAGGGUUACGGUCUAGUGACAACGACCUCUUCUCUCAGCGUAGACGAGAAGAAUUUUAGGAAUCUCAAUCAAGAGAACUUCAACAAAUUGUACGCCAGUCACAACAACAAGAUAGAUAGUUUGAAAGAAAACUUUCUGAUGCGAACUGCACUCACCACUGCACUUCACAAUCUGGAAAACGAGAACCGUUCGCGAAACCAUAGACUGAACGCGGAAUCUAUGCAAUUCCCGUCGGCAGUUGGUAUCCAACGGAUAUCUCCCACGUGUCCUACCAUACCGACCACCACCACCAUUACCACAACUACCAACAAUCACAACACAUCGACGAUUUCAACACCGACUCCAUCAUGCAGUUCCUCGGGAGCAUCCAUCACCACCACUAACGCUUCAUCCGGUGGGGUGAUGUCAACCGUGCCAGUGUCAGUUAUCAGCAGUACUGAUGCGGAUGCUGCCACGGCAACAGCAGCCACCGUCGAUGCGAACGGGACUAGCUCCAGUGGUCAGUCAAAAAAGAAAAAAUCACCCGAGAAAAGGUUAGUUAUCGAUCUGAACGACAGGUCGAAGUACACCGAAGAAGUGUCCGUGUGAGAUUGUUAGAACCCUAGUAGGAUUAAUAUUUACAAUUUUAACAAGAAAUGACUUAACAGUACGGAAUAUUCAUCAUUAUGAAACUUCACACACUUUUA